UCUGCCCCUCCCCACCCCACCCCGCUCUGGGCCAAGCCACCCAGCCAAAAGGCAGGUAGGGAUCUGGGAAGGCACAGAAUCCUGCUGGGUCCCGAGGCAGCCGUUUAGCCUGCCGCCUGCCUGCCUGCCUGCCUGUCUGUCCCCAGAGCUGAGCGAUGGAGAGAGCAAGUCUGAUCCAGAAGGCCAAGCUGGCAGAGCAGGCCGAACGCUAUGAGGACAUGGCAGCCUUCAUGAAGAGCGCCGUGGAGAAGGGCGACGAGCUGUCCUGCGAAGAGCGAAACCUGCUGUCCGUGGCCUACAAGAACGUGGUGGGUGGCCAGAGGGCAGCCUGGAGGGUCCUGUCCAGUAUCGAACAGAAAGGCCAGGAGGAGGGCUCGGAGGAGAAGGGCCCAGAGGUGGGAGAGUACCGGCAGAAGGUGGAGACCGAGCUCCGGGGCGUGUGCGACACCGUGCUGGGCCUGCUGGACUCCCACCUCAUCAAGGAGGCCGGCGACGCCGAAAGCCGGGUCUUCUACCUGAAAAUGAAGGGCGACUACUACCGCUAUCUGGCCGAGGUGGCCGCCGGCGAUGACAAGAAGCGCAUCAUCGACUCUGCCCGGUCAGCCUACCAGGAGGCCAUGGACAUCAGCAAGAAGGAGAUGCCGCCCACCAACCCCAUCCGCCUGGGCCUGGCCCUGAACUUUUCCGUUUUCCACUAUGAGAUCGCAAACAGCCCCGAGGAGGCCAUCUCACUGGCCAAGACCACCUUCGACGAGGCCAUGGCUGACCUGCACACGCUCAGUGAGGACUCCUACAAAGACAGCACCCUCAUCAUGCAGCUGCUGCGAGACAACCUGACUCUGUGGACGGCCGACAACGCGGGGGAAGAAGGGGGCGAGGCACCUGAGGAGCCCCAGAGCUGAGCCGCGCUGCUACCCGCCCCGCCCUGCCCUGCCCGCUCCAGCCCCACCCGCCCCCAGCGGAGAGGACUAGACUGGGGUGGCGGCCCGACCCUCUCCCCGAAUGCUCUGCCCCAGCUCAGAGGCUCCAUGGAGAGGGACCAGCAGAGCGGAGGCCCCUGGAGCCACUGGAUCCCACUCUUCCUGCAGCUGUCGGGUUCUCCUAACCACUGGUCAUUCCACCCAGCCUGCUCUCUGCGCCCCCUCCAACCCUACCCGGGAACCGGCCACUUCUGCCUCUUCCCCCCUCCUGCCCCUGCUGCCUCUGGAUCUUAGGAACUGAGGAGUGUCCCACCCAGUGGCUGAGAACUGGACCGUAUGGCAGAGGCUGGAGAUGAGAGUGAGGUGUGUGUGUGUGUGUGUGUGUGUGUGUGUGUGUGUGUGUGAGAGUGUGUGUGUGAGAGAGAGAGACCAGAAUGAGAGGGAAAGCAUGUCUGCUGGGUGUGACCAUGUUUCCUCUCAAUAAAGUUCCCCUGUGACAAAU